CCGUCUCCUCCCAUACCCAACCAGCCGCCGCCGCCACUCCACCUUCCCUCCUCGCAUCGCUUCAUGUCGCCGCCGCCGGCGCCAGCCCCCUCCAUCUAUCUCUCACCGGAUCCCUCCCCGUCUACCCCACCCCAUGCCCCUUCCCAUUCAGGUCGCGCCCUCGAGCUGCGGCGGCCCAGUCCUGCCUCUCGAGAUGACGCGGCCGCGGGGGCGGCAGGACCGACUGGCGGGUUUGGAACCCCCCGAGGUCGGGGGCGGCGGGCACGGAUCCAGCUCCGCGGUGAGCCAACAUGAGUGAGGAAUCAACCCUCUCCCCCCCCCCAACAAGCCACACACAUGCUUCUCCUCUGCUAUUUGUUCAUCGGGGUUGAGUUUUUACACAGCUUCUUAUUUGGCUUGGGGGAUUUGCAGGCCAGUCUCCUGGGGAUGGUGAGCGGCAAGGCGGAGCUGAAGACGGAUGUGCCCUUCACGCUAGACGACGGCAUCGACCGCAUAAAUUGUAUCAAAUUGUGCUACAUUGUUCUUCCCUGGAGGAAUUGGUGCAAAAUCUAUACCAAAACAAUUUCAAGUCCAGGACUAAAGCCUAUUGAUACUUUAAGGAUAUCAGCAUCAUGCCGGUGCAAGGUUGGGUGGUUAGUCCGUGUUACUUGAGAUUGAAGUCUUUUAGCAGGAAUUACUUGGGUUCGUAUAGCUUCCUGGAAGGGUGCUGGUGUUGGAGACUAAAAUCAGCUAGGACAUUGUUUCAUGGAAGUCAUGUUACUCAAAAAAAAUUCUCAUAGCUAUCUCCAGAUAUGCUUGUGCUGAUUCGAUAUUAAGCUUUGUUUUGUGAAAUCAGACUAAAUUGUUCAUACUCUGUAUUAUGAUGUGAACAAAUGUUAA